UUAGCCAUUUCCAUGCUGAUGACCGUCAGUUGACCGACGCGCCGGUCCCACUUCAUUUAUUCAUUGCUGCGCAUAACGUACUCGACCGGCUCUCGAGAUUAGAAAUGAAUCUAAGCCAUGUUAACGCUAGCCAACUGUAUUUCAGGGGCUGCUGUUAUCUCAUUUUCACACGGUAUUUACCUGUAAUGCUAGGCAGUUACAAUACCCCAUUUAAUUAGGUAACGCUUUAAACUCAGUGCGAUGGCUUUGCUCAUGCCUCAGUCAGUGUCAGCUGCACUAGAUUUAUCAGUUUCCGCUACUGUUGCGAGGUGGACGAGCAGGCAGGCGGAGGAGGAGGACCGCUAUCGACAGCAGCGAAGGGGAAGGGCCUCCAUCCAAUGCUACUAAUUGUCAAGCCAAGUAACGGUUGUUCACUGCCAUUCAGUCGAAUUCGAACCGUUAUAGCGAACAGAACGCAACAAGAACAGAUCUAGAAAUGGCACAGGCGAAAGUUUUGCCUCAAUAUAUAGCCGGAUUGUCGGCAGCGUUUGGCGCCUUCUGUAUGGGCGCCAGCAUGGGCUGGUCAUCGCCCGUAGAGAAAUUAUUGACGGAGGAAAAUGCAUACGGCUUCCCAAUAUCCGACGAUCAAUUCGGUUGGAUCUCUUCACUCCUAACGCUGGGCGCCACCGUUGUAUGCAUUCCAGUCGGCUUUGUCAUCGACAUGAUCGGUCGCAGGCCAACCAUGUUGGCUCUGAUACCACCGUACAUGGUUGGCUGGUUCCUGAUGCUGUUUGCCAACAGUGUGAUCAUGCUGUACUUUGGCCGUUUCAUCUUGGGUUUUUGCGGCGGCGCAUUCUGCGUCUGCGCCUCAAUGUACAGCACGGAAAUAUCGACGGUUUCCACGCGCGGAACUCUCGGCAGCUUCUUUCAGCUGAACACCGUGACGGGCAUGCUGUACGGCUAUAUUAUCGGUGGCUAUUGUUCGUUGCUGACCAUCAAUAUCCUGUGCGCCAUAUUGCCCCUGAUCUUUGCUGCCGUGCAUUACUUUAUGCCCGAGUCUCCGGUCUACUUUGCCAUGAAGGGACGCGAGAACGAUGCCAUCAAGUCACUGCUUUGGCUGCGUGGCGCCGACUGCGAUAUUCGCAAUGAGCUCAACGAAAUUCUGGAGGAGACCAACAAGAGCACGGAUGAGCCCAAGGUCAGCAUCUGGGUCGCGCUGCGACGUCCCAUUACGCUCAAGGGCAUCUCCAUUGCCGUAAUGCUGCAGGCUCUGCAGCAGUGGACGGGCAUCAAUGCCAUCAUGUUCUAUUCCACGUCCAUUUUCGAGGAUGUUGGCGCUUCGCUGAGCGGACGCGUGUGCACCAUUUUGAUUGGCGCCACGCAGGUGAUAAUGACCCUGGUGGCGACGCUGAUCAUCGACAGGGCUGGCCGACGGAUUCUGCUACUAGUCUCUGCCUUCUUCAUGGCCAUCACCACCUGCCUGAUGGGCGUCUAUUUCCAAAUGCGAGACAGCGACCCGAACUCGGUGGCAUCCAUUGGCUGGCUGCCCAUCACCAGCAUUCUCGUCUUCAUCAUCUUCUUCUCCAUUGGCUUCGGCCCGGGUCCCUGGCUCGUCAUGGCCGAGCUCUUCACCGAGGAUGUGAAGAGCGUGGCCGGCUCGAUUGCCGGCACCAGCAACUGGUUCUCCGCUUUUCUGGUCACUAAACUCUUUCCCGUAUUGAAGAACAGCAUUGGAUCGGGGCCCACAUUUUGGAUAUUCUGCGGCAUCGCUAUCUUCGGCUUUGUCUACGUAUUGAUAUUUGUGCCGGAGACGAAGGGCAAAACUAUUAACGAAAUUCAACUCAUUCUAUCUGGCAGCAAGAAAAUCAUCGACUCUGAGACGGACAACGACUCGAAGAAGAUCAAGCAUUAGAGCUAGGCUUAUCCUUGCCCACAUUUAUAUAUUGUAUGUCUAGGUCUAGRUCUAGUCUCUAUAGCUGUAGUCUCUACGAAUAAGUAUAAAGUACCUUUUUU